CUCGGCAUUAAGCAAAUGGGAUUCUUAGAAAAAAACAAGCCGUUAAAAUCUUCAAAAACUCCAAUACCUAUUAAUCCAUCUUGGUGCGAUAUCUUGGAAACAUACAUUGCCACUUAUUCAUCACAAGAGUUGCACGAGAGCAUUCAAAAUAUUUCAUUGUUUCUUAAAAGUGCUGAUGCAACUUGGGAACAACAAUGCCAAUAUCUAAGAGCCAUCGAAAAAUCUUUACCAUCCAAGAAAUCUAUUCGCAAUCCAACUUUAAAUAAAAUAAACCUUUCAUCUAAUUUUACUUUUCAAAUCGAAUCAAUUCUUGAACCAAUAAUUGUAAGGAUAUAUUUUACUUCGAUAGAACCUUUAGCAAAGCAACGUUGUGUCCCAAUAUUUGAUUCUUGCUAUUUUUUGUCGACAAAAUUACCAAGUAACCAUAAUGUAGAAUCAAUAAAGUCUUUUAAUUUUGAUUCGGAUAAUAAUAUGGUUAUGGAAUUCUCAAAAGAAUAUCCCAAGUACAUAACUCACGAUAAUUAUACAACACAAACAUUGUGUCAAAAGGAUUGUUUAAUGAUUAUAAUGAAGCGAGUGAAAAAUGAAUUGGAAGGAAGUAACGUGUUAGAAAUGUGUCAAAAAGAAUCAAACUCAAUCAAUGAUAUUGCAAUAUUUUCUAAUUCACUCAUAUUCACUCAACAUAUGAAUGAUGCUCAACACGUAAUAAAAACAUUAUUAGCUUUGCUGUCGAGGUUUGAGAAGAUUCUAAGGCCAAAGUUUGGGUUGAUUAAAGAAAAUUGUAAUGAUAAUUCUGUAGAGUUAUCAAAAGUUAGAGACCUACUUAAUGGAUGCAUUACUAUAUGUUCUGACGAAAUAUAUAUUAAAGAUGUAAGGCAAUUGACUGGAAUGACGUUGGCUGCAAUCUUAAACCUAUUAGGUCCAUUUCAAUAUGUAAACGAUUUAGUUUUACUAUUGUUCUUCGUAUGGCCAAUCACUCGAGAACAAGAGUCAUUAAUCUUGUCAUUGUUAAGAAUUCAAACUUCAACUGCACAGAUAGUGGAGCAUGGGUGGCAAGGCGAAUAUCCGACGAUGUUAGUCAUAUGCCGAGGAUUAUUAUCUAAUCUAUCACGAGCUUGUCUUAUACAUCAUAUCUCAAAUUUCGAAUCAAAAAUUCCUAUAUUAAGUAAUUGCAAACCAUCAUCACUCCAUCAUAUAUUAUUCUUGAGUAUUACUUAUUUUUGUGAUAAUGCGAUUACUUCUCAAACAAAAAUUUCUGCAUUUGAAACAAUGGGAUUGUGGCUUCAAGAAACCGAAGUUGUCUUGAGAGAUUCUAACAUCGAAAAUAAAGAAGCUUUAGAAAUUCAAGCUAUAUUUGAUUCUCAGAAUUUAGAUAAAUUAAUGUCUUACGUUUGGAAUAAUUGUGAUGACCCUCUUGAUGCUAUACAAUACAAGGUGAAGACAAUCUUUGAAAAAUUAUUAGAUAUUUUAAAUAUCAAGAGAAAAUAUGAAAGCACAGACGAGUUUUAUAAUCAGUCCUUUAAUAAUUUGUUAAGACAAUUAUUAGCGAUGGAUCCAUAUCGUAAAGUGAAAUAUGUAUUGUUACUUUUACUAUUACCUAGAGUGGGAACAAAUGCAUUUCUUAAGAUUCAAGCUGACUUUGUGUGGCAGACUUUAGAGGUAUUACACAAUACGACAAUUGCGCCACGGUCUUCCCAAUUGCUUGCGAUUUUUUUUGAGCAGUCCUUAAAAGAGUCACUAGGUACAUCUAUUGAACAAAUUGACUCUAACAAUGAAAAGAAAAAAAGUUCUGAUACACAGAAAGAGGCUGUAACUAAUGAUUGGAUUAACAUAUGGUUAGCGCCUCCUUUAUUCAAAAUUGAUUCGUUAUCAUUCUGGAAAGUCUUGAAUAUAAUUAAAUAUGAGAGAUUAUCAAAUGGUUUUGUGAAAGAUGAACAUUAUCGAUUAAAUGCGUUAAUAACAAUCACUAAAGUUGCCAGAUCGUUGGAUUUAGUUGAUGGUAAAAUGCUGAUCGAAGAUAAAUCUGAUUCACUUGAUGAUAAAAAGAUCAAACUACAAUCUCUUCGUAAUGCGAUAUAUCAUAUAGAUCCAAAUCUUCGAAUUGACCUUCUUGGUUUAAUUAGCGAAUCUCAAAAAUCAAUAACGGAAGUGACAUCAACUGAACUUUCACUUUUAAAAUCAUUUUUCGAAUUAAAUCUAAAUUCAACUUCUCCUGAAUUUAGACAGAAGAUGUGUGGGCAUUUAAAUAAAUUAUUUUCUAGACUUCAAGGGAAUUUGUAUGCUCAAUGGAGAGAUUAUAAAUCUCUUUUGAAAUAUAUAGAAAAUAGCGGCUCCACCAUCGAGAAUACCAAAGUCUCACAAGCACUAUUGGAAGCAGAGCAAUUAAAACGAAAGAUCGAUAUUUCGCAAAAUUUUUUAAAUUGGUUAAUUGAAUUAUUGGUUGCUUCAUUGUAUCCUGGUGCAUCGUUUCAAAGAGUAUCAUCUGCCCUUAAAAUUUUUAUCAUAUUAAUCAAAACAUUUGGUCUUGGUAAUGAAUCUUCACUUACAAAAGAAUUUGUAAAUAAAAAAAAUGAAUCAACAACUUUUCCUUUUCAGCUUCCGUUUGCCACAGCCAGAAAUGUAAAAUUAAUUUUAAAUUGUCUAAUGAAUCCGUUUGAUGAAAACCGAAUGCUAUCAUAUGAAAUACUCGAAAUGUUUCCUUCUCCGUUACCAGGAAUUGAAUCAAUUGAUGAUGUACAGGAAAUUUUAUUUUGGGCAUUUCAGUCAAUGACGAAUACGAGAGCUGGUGAAAGCGAUAGUGGUGCUACAAUAUUUAGUCUAAUAUUUUCAAAAUACGUGUUGAAUCUUGAAUAUGAUUUGGACGUAGAAUUGGAUAAAGGCCCUCCUGUUUCCUCUUUGGGCUUGGAAGUUAAUGAUAAAUCAACUGCAUUUAUUGGGAAAUUAAUUGUGCUUUUAGAAAAGCAAAUUAAAAUUGCAUCUCAAAACUUACUACUUGCAUCUCAAAAAUAUCCAAUGCACGGAACUUUACUCGCACUUCAAUAUAUAUUUAAAAAAUUGGAUUACAAUUCCACAAUCAUAAAGUCGAAUUUGACAGAAUGGCACUUUGUUCAUGACAAAAUUAUCUCGCUGAUUAAUCAAGCAUGUCAAAUAGUACUUGAAGUGUUGUCAAAUCCAUCACCUGAAGGAAAUGUACCGGCAUCGUUUCAAGAGAUGGAGGAGGCUAUUGAUGAAUUGGUUUAUUCAAGCGACAAUGGAGUUGUGGAAAGUGACGAAGGUCCUAAACAUCAAGUCAUAUUAAGUUGUUGCUGGAGAGCUGUGAAAGAAGCAAGAGCGCCAAUGGCUAUAACUUUAAUAGAUAAUAAAGCAAUGCUUAAUUAUGAGCAAGUUCGAAAUGGAGGUGCAUUAUUUCGAACGUUGUUGACAUCUAUACGCCAUAGAGGAGCAUUUUCUGCAGUGUACCCUGGAUAUGUAUCAGUCUGUUCUCGAUUGCUAGAUUCACCGCAAAUCGAGUUUACUGAGUUGCCUAAAACGUGGCUUAAGGAAGACAUUUGCGCAAUAACAACAAAUUCAAUAUCAAUAACUCGUCGAAGUGCUGGCCUUCCAUUAUGUAUCUUGGCAAUAGUUAGUAGUGAACCAUGUACUCAAAAAGCACUACUUCCUUGGGCCAUGAAAGUUUUACUAAACAUCGGUUCCCAAAAAGCUUCAACCGAUGGCGACAUUGAUCAACAAACUGUUGAUUUACCUCAAGUUCAUGCUUUUAAUAUUUUAAGAACGAUAUUUAUGGAUGCGAAAUUAGGUGCAGACGUUUUACCUUAUGUUUCUGACGGAUUUAUGUUGGCCAUUAAUGGGUUUUGUUCAUCUAGUUGGGCCAUUCGAAAUUGCUCAGUAAUGCUAUUUUCUACGCUUUUGCAAAGGACUUUUGGAACAAAGAAAACAAAAGAUGAACAUCAUUCUAUUAACAAAUUAACUAGUCGCGAGUUUUUUUCAAGAUUUCCAAAAUUACAUCCGUUUUUAGUGGAUGAACUUACAAUUGCGGUUGAUCAGCUUAUAAAACCAACACAAUAUAAUAAAAUAGAAGUGCAUCCUGGACUUUAUCCAAUUCUUACAAUGUUAUCUCGAUUACAUCCAUCGUUAAUGGAAAGCUCAGUAUUGAAUAUGAAUCCUUUUGUGACACUUGUGAAGUCUUGCUGUUCUUCGCCAAUAUAUAAAGUACGAGAAAUGUCUGCAAGAUCACUUAUUCCAUUAAUCGCGUCACAAGAUUUAAUCCUUACUUGUGCCGGAUUAUUUAAUGCAUGUGAAAUAAGUAAUCAAAAUGAAUUACACGGGCGAUUAGUUCAAAUACAAUAUUUAAUGCGUGGACAUCUUAGUAGGAAUCUUACUGGAUUUGAUUUGACAAAGGAAUUUAUAAAUAAAAUGGAAUUAAUGAUAAUGCCAAAGAUUCCUGUAAUUUGUUAUCAAAAUCCUUGUGAAAUUACGAAAUCCUUAUUUUUGGAAAUAAUGAAUGAAUUUAUAUUUGAUUCUAAAUGGAUACUUAACGAACAGGACAAGCGGAAGCGAUCCGAAUUAUUAACUUUGAUGGAAGAAAAGUUUGCAAAAAUGAGACAAACCAUAUUUGAUCUAUCUUUAUUCAAUCUUUUUGACAAAUCCAACGCUACUCUGAAAAUUGGAAACUUUCUAACCCGACAACAAAUGGCAAAAGUGGUUAUUAAAUCACUGUUGAGUCAAGAUACAAUUGAAAAGAAUGAGAUUAUAGUAAAAAUUUUGAGUGACGAAGAAUAUGAAAUUAGACUUAUUGCUCUGGAAACGCUUUUUGAAUAUUUUCUUGAAAUGGGCAUUACACAUAUUGAUACAAGUAGCAUCAUAUCAGUAAUUCAGUCAAAAUUAAUCAUGAUGAUAUACCAUGGAGAACAAUAUCCUAAGUGUUUCCAGCUCGUAAUAGAAUUACUUGUAUUAAUCAACUCGGAUUAUCCACUUCCAAAAUCCAAUUUAAUAUCAUCACAACAAUCUUCUUCUAAGUUCGAAUUGGAAGAAUUUUGGAAAAAAUUGUUCUGGUAUAUGGAAGAAUCCAAGAGCUCAUCCAUAAUUGAAGCUACAAUACCGCUCUUAGGAACUUUGACGGCUGAAAUAUGGGACAAAACAUCAUUAUCACAUGAAUUCAGGUCCUUGAGUUUGAAAAAAUGGGCUGAAUAUAUAAACAAAAAUACUAAACCUGAAAUUACUUUGACAUUGCGUGAGGCGGCUACAAAAUCCAUACAAUUAUUUAGUAGACUUCUAUUUAAAAAAGAAACUGUAUUCACUAAUAAUGACGAUAUGCAAUAUUUUAUAUCUUUAUAUGUUGUUCUCAUUCGGCUUACUCAGGAUGAUGACAUUGAUUUACGUCGGACUGCUGCGUUAAUUGUAUCUGAAGCUAUGGGUUUGGAGGAUCCAGUUGGUUGUGAUAGGGCGCAAGAAUUUUGUUAUGAGUAUAUGACCAACCAAUAUUCUGGAUCACUUCAUUUAUGCGUAGCGUUAUUACAAAUAUUGGCAGGUGAUGUUAAGCCAGAUGAGAUAUUAAAGUCAGAGAUGGCACCAUCUAGAGUUCUGUUUGCUAUAGAGAAUCCAAAUAUAUAUAAGGAAGAUUUGGUUGAUAUUCAAUUAGCUUAUAAGUAUCUACGAACGGUCAUAAAAAAGGAAAGAAAUAAAUUAGAAUUUCCUGACAUGUUUAGGAAGGAUAUUCCAAGGUUUUGUGUCCAACAAUUAGGUAUAGUAUGCGAGUUUGUAAGUACGCGUGAAGUACAGACCAAUAAGAAUGGGCCGCUUGGCUUUACUUCACUUCCCAAUGUGUUUACUGUUAUGUAUAGAGUAAUAAUAACAGUUUUGGCGAUGAUUGAACUUGUAUCAGACACAGAAAACAUUCUGAAAGAUAUCCAAAUAAUAAUUGAUAAAUUAAUUCAAGAUAAAAUACAAUUACAUCCAUUACUUAAUGACUUAUUAUUUGGGGAAUUGAGUCAAAAAUGCUUUAACACUAUUACGAAAGGGAAAGAUAAAGAUGACAAUGAGUUUAUGAUGUUUGUAAAAGAGUUUGAGAAGUUGUUUUUAUUGACUACUCA